AUGAUUCAACAAUUGCGCUCAUUGACGCUUCUCGUCGCGAUUUCGCUCAUCGUCUUCUGCCGUUGUCAUCAAGACGACGAAUCCCAAACGAGAGUCAAACGCAACUACUACGGCGGAUAUGAUAUGUAUGGCGACGACUUCUGGUACGCCGGUCGAAUCAUCGGCUUGAUCAUCGGCAUUUGCCUUCUGCUCUUCUGCUGCUGUCUGCCGUGCGUCUGCCUCGCCGGCAUCUGGUUCGCCGGAUGUUUAGUGCUCGCCACACGAUCGCCACCCGUCACUUCGCAACCAACAACAGUUAGCUAUAACGUCGCCGGUGAUGCCAAUUAUUCGUCGCGUCAGCAGCAGCCGCGACAAAUUGUUGUCGACUCGUCGCCGCGCGACUCUGAAAUCUCGCGAGUGAUGAUGCCUGGCGAUCAAGUAAUUUAUCAAGCAGAAGAUCGCUACUACACCUCAUCAACAGCACCACCACCUGCUCCAGCUCAUCGUACAGAACACUAUUCAACGAGAUAUUAA